AUGGCGGCCGUUUUGGAGUCGCUGCUGCGAGAGGAGGUGUCGGUCGCCGCCGCCGUGCGCUGGGUCGCGCGCGGCGCCCGGAGCGCCGAGGACGGCCCCGGGGAGGCGGCGGCCCUCCGCGCGCUGCGCCCGCUGCGCCGGGCCUUCGUGCCGUUCCUGCUCAACUUCCUGCGCGAGCAGAGCAGCCGCGUCCUGCCGCAGGGGCCCCCGACGCCCGCCAAGGCGCCGCCCGCCAGGCCCGGGGGCGCGGCCAGGGGCGGCCGCGGGGCGCGCAGCCAGCUCUUCCCGCCCGCCGAGCCCCCGAGCCCCGCCGACGCGCCCCCGGGACGCCCGCGCGGAGGCCGCAGGAGGGGCGCGGGCCCGGGGCCGCCCCGCGAGCGCGGAGGCCGCGGCCCCGACCCCGACCCCGACCCGCCCAACCUCAGCAACCUGGAGGAGUUCCCUCCCGUAGGCGCGGUGCCCCCCGGCCCCGCAGGCAGGACGAAGCCUUCGCGGAGGAUCAACCCAACCCCGGUGAGCCAAGAGCGGUCUCUCUCCAAACCCAAGACAUGCUUCACCUCACCCCCCAUCAACUGUUGUGUCCCCAGUUCCCAACCCUCAGUCCUGGACACUAGCCCUUGGGGCCAUGGCCUUCCCCCAGGGUGCAGAAGUCUGCGAGAGGAGCGGGAGAUGCUCAGGAAGGAGCGCUCUAAGCAGUUGCAGCAGUCACCUACCCCUACCUAUCCCACUUCAGAGUCCGGGGCUCCUCUCCCCAGCCGGGCAGGAAACUUCGUGACUGAGCACGCCGACCCUGCCAGAGUGUCUUCCCACCAGCGCCUGCAGCUGGUAGCCCUUGUCUACUCGAAGUGCAUAGCUGAAAACCUGGUACCAAACCUCUUUUUGGAGCUCUUCUUUAUCCUUCAGCUCCUUACUGCCCGAAGGAUAGUGGACACCAAGGACAGCGAACCUGAGCCAAGCCCCGGAGUCCCAGAGUCCCUGGAAUGGCCACUCUUCCGGAAUGUCCAUGACUGUGUCUUCUUUGCAGUGCAGGUUUUGGAACAUCAGUUUCGAGUUCUUUCCUACCUGGAUAAAGGGACCUUGAAGCUAUUAGCUGAAAAUGAGCGGCUUCUGUGCUUCUCUCCAGCUCUUCAAGGCCGCCUCCGUGCUGCUUAUGAGGGUAGUGUUGCCAAGGUCUCCCUGCCAGUGCCACCAUCUGCUCAAGCUGUCUCAUUCCAGCCAGAAACUGACAACCGUGCCAAUUUUCCCAGUGACCGAGCCUUUCACACUUUUAAGAAACAGAGAGAUGUGUUUUACGAGGUGCUUCGAGAAUGGGAAGAUCGCCAUGAGGAACCCGGCUGGGAUUUUGAGAAGGGCCUGGGCAGCAGGAUCAGAUCUAUGAUGAGCCAGCUCUCUGCAGCCUGCAGCCACAGCCAUUUUGUCCGGCUUUUUCAAAAACAGCUUCUCCAGAUGUGUCAGAGUCCAGAUGGUUCUGGGGGCCCUGUCUUGGGCGAGGCUCCUGAUGUGCUGAGCAUGCUUGGAGCUGAUAAGCUUGGCCGCUUGCGGCGUCUCCAGGAAAGACUUGUGGCACCUCAGAGCAGUGGAGGGCCUUGCCCACCCCCUACCUUCCCAGGAUGCCAGGGCUUCUUCAAGGACUUCAUCCUGAGUGCCAGCAGCUUCCAGUUUAAUCAGCAUCUCAUAGAUAGUCUAAGCUUGAAGAUCCGGGAGCUCAACAACUUCACUCUGCCUCAGCCUGAGCCUAGUGAUGAAGAUGGGGACUCAGAUGUGGACUGGCAGGGUGAACGAAGACAAUUCGCUAUGGUGCUGCUUAGCCUCAGGCUUCUGGCUAAAUUCCUGGGGUUUGUGGUUUUCUUGCCCUAUCGGGGGCCCGAACCACCCCCAACUCGGGAGCUCCAGGACUCUAUUCUGGCCUUGAGGAGCCAGGUGCCCCCUGCCUUGGAUGUGCGGGCCCUGCUACAGCAGGGGCUGCAGACCCGACGAACAGUGCUCACAGUGCCCUGGUUGGUAGAAUUCCUGUCUCUUGCUGACCACAUCGUGCCCCUGCUGGACUAUUACCGCAGCAUCUUCUCUCUCCUGAUCCACCUGCAUCGGAGCUUGGUCUUGUCAAAGGAAAGCAAAGGGGAGAUGUGUUUCCUCAACAAGUUGCUGCUACUUGCUGUCCUGGGCUGGCUCUUCCAGAUCCCCACAGUUCCCGAGGACUUGUUCUUUGUGGAAGAGAGUCAGUUGGACACUUUUGAAGUGGAUACAGUAGCUGCUGUUGAGCCUGGGUUGGAUGGCAUGCCUGUGGUGGACCAACAUCUGCUCUACACCUGCUGCCCCUAUAUUGGCGAGCUUCGGAAACUACUGGCAUCUUGGGUGUCCGGCAGCAGUGGGCGGAGUGGGGGCUUCAUAAGGAAAAUCACUCCCACCACCACCACCAGCCUGGGUACCCAGCCUCCCCUCACCACCCAGGGCCUCCAGGCCCAGCUGGCACAAGCCUUUUUCCACAACCAGCCUCCCUCCCUGCGCAGGACCGUGGAGUUUGUAGCAGAGCGAAUUGGCUCUAACUGUGUCAAACAUAUUAAGGCCACUCUGGUGGCAGAUCUGGUGUGCCAGGCAGAGUCACUUCUUCAGGAUCAGCUGUUGUCACAGGGACAAGAAGGGAGCGAUCCAGCCCAUCUGUUGGAGAUCUUGUGUUCCCAGCUGUGUCCUCACGGAGCUCAGGCACUGACCCAAGGGCGGGAGUUCUGUCAGAAGAAGAGCCCUGGGGCUGUGCGGGCACUACUUCCUGAGGAGACCCCUGCAGCUGUUCUGAGCAGUGCAGAAAACAUUGCUGUGGGGCUUGCAACAGAGAAAGCUUGUGCUUGGUUGUCAGCUAACAUCACAGCACUAAUCAGGAGAGAGGUGAAAGCUGCAGUGAGUCGCAUGCUUCGAGCCCAGGGUCCAGAACCUGCUGUCCGGGGGGAGCGGAGGGGCUGCUCCUGUGCCUGUGAGCACCAUGCUCCCCUCCCCUCCCACCUCAUCUCCGAGAUCAAAGAUGUGCUCGCUCUGGCCAUUGGGCCCCGAGACCCUGAAGAGGGCGUUUCCCCAGAGCAUCUGGAGCAGCUCUUGGACCAGUUAGGCCAGGUUCUCCAGUGCCGCAAGUUCCUGUGCCCACCUGCUGAGCAGCAUCUGGCAAAAUGCUCCGUGGAGCUAGCAUCCUUCCUUGUUGCUGAUCAAAUUCCUAUCCUGGGACCCCUGGCACAGCACCGGCUAGAGCGUGGGCAGGCUCGAAGACUCCUACACACACUUCUUUCCCUGUGGAAGGAUGAUUUUCAGGUGCUGGUUCCAAUACAGCUACUGUUAAGCCCAAGGAAUGUAGGGCUUCUAGCACAUACUCGGCCAAGAGAGUGGGACUUGCUGCUCUUCUUGCUUCGGGAGCUGGUAGAGAAAGGUCUGAUGGAACAGACGGAGAUAGAAGCCUGCCUGGGCAACCUCCACGAGGCCCAGUGGCCAGAGGACUUCUCCGAAGAACUAGCUACCUUGUUCAACCUGUUUCUAGCUGAGCCCAACACACUAGAACUGAAGCUCAAGGCCUCUGAGCUGAUACAUCCAAACAGGGGGACUUUGCUGGCCCAGAGCUAGGACUGGGAAGUGCCCUAGCUUGGGCACCUCACCAGCCCCAGUUGCCUGUCUCAAGUGCCCACCACUGAACCUUGCAAGUCUGCAAUCAAGAUUGCAAGGAGUUUGCCUGGUUCGGAUGAUAGUGGACAAGUCUAGGACUCCAGGGUCCUGCACCAGAAGAUGGCAGUUAACAUUUGGAUACUAAAUGGAAUGACGUAUCCGAAAGUUGUACUUGCUGCUAUGCCAGCAUUGAAUAAAACUUUGUGGUUCGGGAAAUCAUGACAGAGACUUCUGCUCAACUUGUAAGUAAAAUUGAAUCUUGGGGGUCUCCUGUCCUGACAGACUGGCUUCCUGUUGCAGGUAGCAGCCCAGCUCUACCCAAGAGCCACACAUGAGAGAAUUUUGGAGCUUUUUAAAAUAAACUCUUUUUCUUACCAGGGG